AUGUACGUCGCGAAACUUUCUAAACACUCGCAGCUUUCCGUCGUCACAGAAUGCCGCAACCUGUGUGCGGUUGCGGUGGCCCGUGACGUCAUUAAGGGCUGCCGACAAAUGACGGGUUUCCGCCCCCGCGUGUCUGCACAAGGGGGUGCGGAGUUGAAAGGGGUAACCACGUCGGCUCACCGCCUAGCGGACAAUGAGGGUCUUUUGCAUCAACGCCGAAUAAUAGAC